UUCUACGAAUACUAAGUUAAUGAUGUUUUUGAAACUGGAUGGAAUCUCAGACGCUGACUUAAGUCUUCACGGAGCGGUUACUCUCAAGGAUGUCGAUGGAUACAAAGCCCUGUACCUUGACGGAAACAGUCAGAACUAUGCAACCACUCAGCCUAUUAGUCUCGCACAUCGAGGCUUUACCUUCGGGGCCUGGGUCAAACUAUUAACACCUGCUUCUGAGGGCUUGGUCUACGGGGACUGGUCUGCACCUUUCCAAUUCGCCUUAAACAUCGACAAGGACGGAAAAGUACACUUCAAAUUGAUGUUUGAUUCUACGAAUACCACAACGUUGACGUCCAAUAGGUCACUUACUUUCAAUGUUUGGACUCAUGUCCUUGCUUCAUGGUCAAAUGARGGAGCCGAAAGACUUACCAUGGCCAUUUUCAUCAAUGGAAAGCAAGAAGCGAGUGAAGCUUUUAACAUGAAUUCCUCGACUCUUAUGUCUACAAAUCAUCAAUAUGAUAUCGGWCUGGAUAGAAACUCGAGUAAAGUCCUUCACGCGUACAUAAGAGAACUGGCAGCAUUCAAUUGGCCGAUCAGAAUAAGCAAGAUGAUAGAAGAACGAAUAGGUCGAUUUAAUAAACGCGAUGCUGUGUGGACAGGACUGAAUGAUCUCUCAAAAGAARAAACUUUCACCUUUAGUGACGAGUCMCAUUUGUCCUUCUCAUWUUGGAGCAMWGGAUWCCCWAAAAACCUCUAUAUGACUUCGGACUGUGUUGCUUUCUCACUGGAGUCAGGUUUAAACCAUAAGUGGAUUGACGGCCCUUGUGGAUUGGAACUUCCUUAUAUUUGUAGGAGAAAAAUGAACUAGAGAAAAAUUGUUUGAGUAAAAGCACAUUUAUUAAUACGUCGAUAAUAGUCCAAAUCAGAGUUUUCCGGAAACGAAGAGUAUGAAAUGAGCUAAGAACAAUUUCUAGAAGAGACCACUAAUGAAUUAUGAUUGUUGUUAAAGUAAUUUGCACACAAAAUAUAUAUAGUACAAAACUUAGCGAGCACCGUAUGUAAAGGAUUAAGGAUAUGACAAGCUAGACUGAGGAUAAGUUUGGAUAUAUGAGCAAUUGAUCAAAAAAUCACUUUCAUUUCUGCCAAAACUGGUUUCAUAUUAUAUAGCUGGACAUACAAAAUUGAAUGAAAAGAAGAAAACGUCUGGUCCUUGACAAGAUCUGUUCUUGUUUGCUAGGCUGCCUGUGUCUCUUCCCAUAGGCAGUCCAACGUUAAAGCAGACAAACGUUGACAAAUAAAAGAAAAACAGCACUG